CUUCUUCUUCUUCUUCCCUAAUGUUUUUUUUUCUUCGUUCUUCUAUAUAAACAUGUUCUUCUAGCUUCUUUGUUUUUUUUAUCUUGUGGUUUCUAGAGGGUGCAAACAGAUACAGAUCGAAGUAUGGGUCUUAAUUUGAAUCUGUACUCUUUAGCAAAACCUUUAUCUCAAUUUCUCAAGGAUGUGUCCGAAAUCAAAGACAAUCAUUCUAAACUGUCUGAAAUAGAUGAAUAUGUCGGAAAAUUAGAGGAAGAGAGAAAAAAAAUCGAAGUUUUUAAACGUGAACUCCCUCUAUCCAUGCUCUUAUUGAACGAAGCGAUUGAGAAGUUAAAGGAGGCUUCUUCAUCAUCAGUGAUGAUGUCAUCAAAGCUGGAUACUGAUAAUAAGAAGAACUGGAUGAGCUCUGCUCAGUUAUGGAUCUCGAACUCUACUAACUCCCAGUUGCCAUCUACAAACGAAGAAGAAGAUCGGUGUGUGUCUCAGCCUCCAUUUCAGACAUGUAAUAAACCUAAUCAGGGAGGGGCAUUUAUGUCAUUUAACCGUUCUCUACCACCUCCACCUCCACCAGCAGCUCCUCUGUCUCUCAUGACUCCAACAUCAGAAAUAUUGACGGACUAUAACAGAACUGAGCAGAGCCAUCACAUUCAGAAGAAAGAGCAGAGAAGGAGAUGGUCUGAGGAUCUUCACCGGAGAUUCAUUGAUGCUCUUCAUAGGAUUGGAGGGUCACAAGUGGCAACACCAAAGCAGAUUAGAGAUGUGAUGAAUGUUGAUGGCUUAACUAAUGAUGAAGUCAAGAGCCAUUUACAAAAAUAUAGAAUGCAUAUCCGCAAGCAUCCUCUGCAUGUAGCAAAGACUUUGUCAGCCUCUGAUCAGCGUGGCUUGUUAAUAAGUUUGUCGAGGUCGGAUUCACCACAAGGCCCGCUUCUUGUUGAUAGAGGUUUGUUCAGCAAUAAUGGUGGUGGUCAUAGCUCAGAGGAAGAAGAGAAAUCUGAUGGACGUAGUAGCUGGAAAAGUGAAUCAAGGUGGAAGAGACAAACGUUGCUUGAUCUUGAGCUUUGAAGAUCAAUCAUAAUACUAGUAUGCAUAGUUAGUGAUGAAAUGAUACAGCUACCAACUUAUGUUGUACUAUGCUCAAAACUUGAAGUUGUAGAUGUAAACAUGAGAGGGAACAUAAACAGAGUAUUUUAUGCAAAGAAAUAUAGGAAAUAGAUAGAGAGAGAAAGAUCAAAAUCCUCUGGUUUGUUUUUUUUUUCUAACUUCAUAAAAAAAAGGGAAACUGAUAAAUCAAAGAUUUUGUUUAUGUUUAUCUAAUUUGUCUCA